GGAAAUAGCGGGGGGAUAUAUCCUGCAGGGAGAAAGCAAAUUUAUUUAUUUUAUUUGGCCUGCUUAAAUUGUCUAUCGUUGAUUUUGCCCCGCGAUGCCCCUCCUUCACACAAAGCUCCAAGUCCAGACCUCAAAUAUAUCAUAUAUAAAUCACUGCCUUUCCUAUUAUCUAUUUUCUGGAAACAGCAGAUUCGACCAAAACUCUCACUGGCCCCGUGUUGCUCAUCCAAAUAGUAAACAUGGGAGCCCAACAAUCCUCAGAAACCUCCAAUGCUGGUGGCCCAGCUCCCGUCGCAAAAACAUGUUACUACGAGCUGCUCAGUGUUGAGCGUUCUGCAACAGACGAUGAGAUCAAGCGAGCCUACCGCAGAAAAGCACUCGAGCUUCAUCCUGAUCGCAACAUCAAUGAUGUCGAGACCGCCACACGCCGCUUUGCUGAAGUUCAAACCGCUUACGAGAUCCUGUCUGAUCCUCAAGAGAGAGCUUGGUACGAUUCACACCGCGAUGCCAUCCUCAGUGGAAGAGACGGCGACGAUGACGGCCAACCUACUACUUUCCGCAAUGUGCGACUCACAUCGGCUGAGGAGAUCAUGGGCUUGAUCCGCAAGUUCAAUGCUGCGGUGCCCUUCGAUGACGAACCCACGGGUUUUUACGGAAUUUGCAGGGAAACUUUCGAACACUUGGCCAUGGAAGAGGAGGCUGCUGCCGAUAACGACGACCUCGAUGUCCGGGACUACCCAACUUUUGGAUCCUCUGGCGAUGACUACGAGGAUGUUGUGAAACCAUUUUACACUGCAUGGACUGGCUUCGCAACCGUCAAGUCAUUCGCAUGGAAGGAUAAAUAUCGACUUUCUGACGCCCCCGACCGCCGUGUCCGCCGUUUGAUGGAGAAGGAGAACAAGAAGAUGCGGGAGGACGCCAUUCGCGAGUUCAAUGAUGCUGUCAACUUCCUUGUCGGCUUCGUGCGCAAACGAGACCCCAGAUACCUACCCAAUUCGCAGACCCAAGACGAGCGCCAGGCUUCCCUGCGAAAUGCUGCUGCGGCCCAGGCCGCUCGAUCGCGAGCUGCGAACCAGGAACGCAUGGCAUCAUUCGAGAUUCCCGAAUGGGCCCAGGCUCGAUCCGACGACAAUGGAGCAGAGGGGGAUUUUUCAGAAUCUGAAGAGGAAUCAGAGGUUGAGAUACUGGAGUGCGUUGUAUGCAACAAGUCGUUCAAAAGCGAGAAGCAGCUUGAGGCGCACGAGAAGAGCAAGAAGCACAUCAAGGCUGUUCAACAACUGCGUCGGCAGAUGAAGCGCGAAGGUGCUGAGCUGGAGCUUGAUGAGGUAUCAUCGCCACGUGAGGCAAAUGCGAACAAGCAAAAAGAUCCUGCAGCACAGGAAGACAGUGUUAAAGAGGGGCCGCUUCAAUCGACUCAAGGUGAGGCUGUAUCGCCGCCUCCAGCGGAUUCGUCCCUCGCCGCGACACCUGCUGAGUCUGCAGACGCAUCAGACGACACCGACUACGCACCCAGGGAUGUUGUUGGGGAGAGAAUAGCUUCGGCCAGCCAACUCAAGAUUACCAGCGAUGUUACUAAUGAAGACGAUGAAAUAUCAGCAUCAGUGCAGGGUCUGUCGGUUGAUGAGCCUGCGCAGGGCAAGAAGGUUGGCAAGGCCAAGGCCAAACGCGCCAAGAAAGCUGCGGCUGCACAGUCGCAGAAAGAAGAAGAAGUAUGUUGACAUAUCAACGAUCAUCUUUCUGUUAAGCUGACGACAGUUGAUAGCCACGGUGCGGAGUUUGUGGGGAGACUUUUGCUUCUAGAACCAGGCUGUUCGUCCAUAUUCGAGAGGAAGGACAUGCAGAACUAAAAUCAGUGACUGGUGGAGGCAAGAAGAAGAAGAGAUGAUUAAGGAUCUAAUGCAUACAAUAUGCAUAUUGCAUUCAACCAUAUCACCAUUCGGCAGGUGACAUGAAACGACAGGCAGCGCGUGAAGAACGCGUUGUAUCUCGCAGCCUUAAACGACAAAAAUCGUGAUAAAGAGGGUCAUUCGAAUCGAUUUCAAUGUCUAUCCCGACGUAACGCCUGGUCCUCCUGCCAAUCAUUAUGGGUUGCAGGAAAUUACAGCCAAAAUAAGUAUCAAAACAACGCCGGGCCCAAUAACCAAUCUAGGCCUCCUGAAUGGUAUCCGUAUCAUCAUCACUUAGCGUCUCAACUUCGUCAAUUGCGCCUUCACGGCCCUCGCUUGAGCCUCCGUGGACUGCGUUUUGCUGCGCCACAUGGAUAAUCGACUUGCCUUGGACAUGCUUGACCCCACGCUUCCAGUCCUGCCAGUCCUCCUCACUCCGAAUCAGAAAACCUAUUAGCAUACUGGGAUCCAUCUCGCGAACGUGGAUGCGGCGCAGUCGAGCGGUAUGACACGAUUCUAUUUCUUCGCUGGUGUAAUCCAUGGGGUUCUCAUGGUAUGGGAGUGCAGGCCUUGUGUGGUGAGGAUCAAGGUAGAAUAGGAAGGAGCCUUGCGAGCCGAUGAAGUAAUGGGAUGAGGAUGGACGGCCUCUGCGCAUGGUCAGUACUAUAAAUAUGUCAAGAGUACCAUGUAGUACUCACCCUGCGAUACCCACGGAUUGCGGCAUCUGAAGUGCUGCAAUCAAAGCUUCCCAAUAGACGGGAGUUAUCUUAUCUAGUCCCAGCCGAGUCCCUACCAAUACAAGCGUGGGGUGGAAGGCUUCGCCGGUUGGCUUCGCAAUUUUCAUAAAGUCAUCCUCGUAGACAUCAGGCCCAUCGCCAGUGGAAUAUACCCUGAUUGAGGGCUCAUGUGAGUUCGCCAAUGCUCUUCAAUUUGUGUGUUAGAACUGAUAUCGCGUGUGUAACAAUGGUGAGGACUUGGACGUACUGGAUGCAGCGGGCUGUUGCUGAUGGGCCAAACCAUUCACCCGGAUACUUGCCACAGGCGCUGGCACCAUGUCGGACGAAACUGUGUAUUGAGUAUGGAGCUCUUGGGUCGUCGGCAAAAUCUUUGAGGAUACGA